UGAUGACAAUUGACAUAUAAAACACAAGUUUCUAUUUUGAUUUGUAUAAUAGACCGUAGAGUAAUUCCCAAUGUUUAUUUGCUAAAUAUUGGCUACAGCUUUCUCUAACAAUAUAUUUGUCUUCAAUGAAUCAGUAACGAUGACUUCACAAGAAAAGCAAGUAGACAACAAUGAAGACCCUCCAGCUGACAACACGACUCCGGAGGAUACUGAAGAGAGUGAUAAACUAGCGCUAAGUGAAUACGUAUCUAACCUAGAAUCAAGAAUAAAACAGAAAUCAGAAUUGCGAAAUCAAAAUCUAAACUGCGUCCGACCACCAGACAACUACUUUUCUAAAUUAGAUUCAGGUUUAAAGAAAAAUACAACCUUUGUUAAAAAGUUAAAGUCUUUCAGCGCAACUCAAGUAGAUAUAUUAUUGAAAGAUUUAGGUGCUCUUAAUCUUACUAAGUAUAUAUCUGAAGUGGCUGCAGCAAUUGCGGAAGCGAAACUUAAAAUGUCAGAUAUACCUGCUGCUAUUAAUCUUUGCUCUGUUGUCCACCAAACAUACUCAGAAUUUUCAACAUUCUUUUUUGAAAAUUGGCAAAAGAUUUUAACAUUCAAAGCAACAGAUAAAAUAAUGAAUUCAUCAAAAUUACGUGUAGAUUUAAGAUUCUAUGCAGAAUUAAUUGCUGUUGGUAUAUUUACUAAUAAAAUGGGUCUUCCUCUCCUGGGAAAUGUCCUUACUGUCUUAAUCAACAUGGAUAAAGAAGACCAUAAUAAUAUUCCAAUACUAUUGUCAUUUUGUAAACAUUGUGGUGAAGAUUAUGCUGGACUUAUUCCAAAGAAGAUUAAAGAUAUAGGAGAGAAAUAUAAUUUACCUAUACCAAGAAACACUUUUUUACCAGCUGAAAAACAGACGGCUGUUAGGUCUCUUCUCAAGGAUUAUUUUCUAUCGCUUACUAAGCAUCUAUUAGCUGAAAGGUCUCAGUUACAAGCUCUUCAUGCAGCUAAUCAAAGAACUUUACACACAAGAGGAGAACUGUCACAAGAAAGAAAAGAUCAGCUGGAGCAACAUCAGGCAACAUAUGACAAGUUAUUAACAGGUGCACAGAACUUUGCUGAAGUGCUAGGAGAAGAGUUAGGAGAGGCAGGAGAGCCUCCUACCCUUUCAUUAAUAGUGAUUGAGACUCAGGGAACUGUGACUAUUGGUGGCAAUGAAGAGAUAAUUAUGCAAGCUGGUACUGAUCCUUGGCAGGAUGAAGAUACUAGAACAUUUUAUACAAGUCUUCCUGAUUUGAAGGUUUUCAUGCCUAAUUAUCAAAUGAAAGAGGCUGUUAAGAGUAAAACAGAAACUGUGACCGAAGAAAUGCUUGAUGAAGAUUUGAAGGAAGAUGAACUAAGUGAUGGUGAAGAGCCUCCAGUUGUAGCUGAUGUGGAACAGGAAGAAGCACAACCAACCAACGUAUCUAACAAGUAUGCACUAGAUGCAUUUUUGAAUGAAUUACCAAACUGUAUUAAUCGAGAAUUAAUAGACAAUGCCGCUGUGGAUUUUGUUUUGAAUCUCAACACAAAAAAUAAUAGAAAAAAAUUGACUAGAGUUUUGUUCAGUGUAGCUAGAACAAGAUUAGACCUACUGCCAUUUUAUUCAAGAUUUGCAGCUAUAUUAUAUCCAGUUCUGCCUGAUGUAUGUGUAGAUCUUUGCCAAAUGUUAAAACAAGAUUUUAGGUAUCAUGUGAGGAAGAAAGAUCAAAUAAAUAUUGAAUCAAAGAUCAAAGUGGUCAGAUUUAUUGGUGAACUUGUAAAAUUUGGGUUAUAUUCAAAAAUAGAAGCAUUGUACUGUCUAAAAGUUUUAUUACAUGAUUUCAAGCAUCAUCAUAUUGAAAUGGCAUGCAAUUUGUUGGAAACAUGUGGUAGAUAUUUGUAUUGCAACCCUGAUACACAUCAAAGGACCAUGAUAUACUUACAACAAAUGAUGAGAAAAAAGAUUGUUUCGGCUCUAGACUCACGUUAUGUUACGCAAAUAGAAAACGCAUUUUACUAUGUUUGCCCUCCUGAAGCACCUGCACAACCUAAAGAGGAAGAGCCCCCUAUGCAUCAAUUUAUUAGAAAAAUUCUUCAUGAAGAUUUACAAAAGAGUAAUGAAGAAAAAAUUUUAAGACUGAUGCGAAAAUUAAAUUGGGAUGAUCCAGAAGUUUCGUCUAUAGCAAUACAGCAUUUAGCAGGUGGAUGGAGAGUAAGGGCAAGUGCAAGAAGAGCAUUAGCUCGUUUAACUGCUGAAUUAGCUGCUUGGCAAGAAGCUGUAGCACCUGCUGUCGUUGAUACAAUAUUAGAAGAAAUUCGAGUGACAAUGGAGGAUCCUCACCCCAGAUACAAUCAAAGAAGAAUUGCUACUGUCAGAUACCUCGGAGAGUUGUAUAACUACAAAUUGUUAGAUUCGCGAGAUGUUUUUACAGUUCUGUACUCCUUUAUUACAUUUGGUGUAAGUAAUGACCAUAGCACUGUGUCUUCAUUAGACCCUUCAGAUAAUGUGUUCAGAAUAAGGCUAGUUUGUGCUCUGUUGGAAACUUGUGGGGCAUAUUUCAACAGUGGAUCGAGCAAGAAAAGACUAGAUUACUUUUUAGUAUUUUUCCAAAACUACUAUUGGUUCAAAUGUUCUGAUCCUUUUUGGACUGAGGAGAAUAAAUUUCCUAUAUAUGUUAAAUAUAUAUACCAAGAAUGUCUGACCAGCUUGAGGCCAAAAUUAACUUUGUUUUCUGAUUGGCAACAAUGCAAAGAUGCCAUCGAAGAAAUUAGAUUGUCACUGUAUCCAGAAUUAGGUGAAGAGGAGCAAUAUGAUAAUGAUGAUCAAGGAGAAGAUAGUGUUGCUGAUGGCUUAAAUACUAUUAUAGAGACAGAUGAUGAAACUGAUAAUCCUACAAUGCAUGAAGAAAGUUCUGAUGAAGACCCUGUCACAGAAAAUACUGGUAACGAUGAUAAUGACGUUCAAACUGAUGAUAUGGCUAUUGAGCCACGACGACCUACGCCUAAACCUGUUGAAGAUGUGGAAUUUGAAUCUGCAUUUGAAAAGAUGGUAAUGGAAAAUAUUGCUGAAAGACAACGCGAGAGUAGACCACAACAAAGAGAUAUUGCAGUGCCAAUGACGUGUCGACAAACGACAAAAAAGACUUACGAACAAUUAUUGCAAGGUAAAGAAGGAGUGGAAUUUGUUUUGAUGGUUAGAAAGGGUACCAAACCACAAUAUAAAUCUUUUAAUGCUCCGCCUGAACUAGCCAGCAAUCUACAACAACAAGCCCUAGCUGACAAGCAAGAAAUGGAGAGAGUGAAACGUUUAACUUUAAAUAUAUCUGAGAGACAAGAAGAAGAAGAGUAUAGUGCUGAGAGUGGAGGAGGAUCUGGCGGAAGCGGUAACCCUAAUAGGGGACAGCAUGUUAGACAAAAGUACCAGCAUCCAAAAGGAGCUCCAGAUGCUGACCUUAUAUUUGGACCGAAAAAGUUUAAAUAAAAAAUAAUUUUAAAAUGUGU